UUUCAGGCAAUUUAUCCUGCCAAUCUGAUGGAAUUUUUCCGUCUAAUGUGUUUAGGUCUAAAAGAUUUACGUCUAAAUAUUUUACGUCUAAUUAGUUUAGGUCUAAAUAGUUAACGUCUAAUAGACCGUAUUCGAUAGUGGUUCGAUAUAUCGUUUGGUUCAAAACAUCAACAUAACCUCACUUAGCGCAUUAUCUCUCUUCUAGACCCUUCGGGUAUAUUUUCCUGUUUCUUCUUGAAAUUAAAAACCUUAAAACCUCUUUUUGUUAUUUUCUUUGUGUGUUAUACAAAAUCCUAAACCUGAAACAAUGGUUGUGUGUAGUGUGCAAGACUGUUUUCACACUUACGGCAGGGAGUCGUGCCAGUUUUUCAGAUUUCCUCCUCCAAAUUCCCUGCUGAUGAAGUCUUGGCUGUCGGCCCUUGGAACUGGUGCUGUAGAACCUUCGGUCAACAGUCGAAUCUGCAGCUGUCACUUUCCCAAUGGCGAUAAGACCAAACCACCCACCCUCGUUGAACCUUUCAUGCCCUGUAAUACUUCAAGGCAACCGAACAGAAUAUUUUCCCCUCCUAGACCCAGUAAAAUCCCGAUUCCUGUGUUCAGAAACAGCCCUAGUCCAAGGAUUCCUUCAAAGAAAUCCAAAAGAAGCCCUUUGUCCUCCAUUGCCAUUCCUAUAAAGAAUGCAAGGUAUCUAUCUCCUCCUUUUCCUCUUUACCUUGCCUUUCUCAAGAAUCUACACUAUAACUGUGAUCAAAUCCUUAACUUAGCACUGAAACGGGAUUUAACAUGCCAAAGGAUGGAAUGUCUCGAUGCGCUGCAAAAACGCUACAUUGGUACACAACGAUUGAUACAUGAAAAUGGUUCGACUACACAGUGUAUUGAUGACAACGCCUCCCAUUUCGAUCUAAGUGAUGUGUGCCCUUCAUCAGUGUUAUGCCCAUAUUAUAUGAACCAUCCGGGCUCCAAUCCCAGUAUCUCGGUUUGCGCCAUUGCACACUUACUGUAAUACUUUAUUUCUUUACUGGAGAACUACUCCUUGUCAAUUCUUACCCAUAGCUUUAAAACUGAAACUUCAUGGGUGGAAAUUUAUACAGAAUAUUCUAUUGACAGGGAAAAAAAAUCCAGGAAAUUUUCCAGAAAUUUCGUUGACUAGUUUUCCAUGGAAAAAAUAAAGUACGAUUGGAGGUCUACGAAGUCAAAAACAGAGGCACUGGUUUUCGCACUUUAGCCAUUGAAAUGUUGAUAAACCUUUAAGGGAUAAUGUUGAUUUGCUCUCUCGUAAAAAAAUACAUUAAGUGCAGAUAUUUUUGACCAUCACGAACAAGUUACGUUGUUUGGGAGUGUCACUGUCUAUAUGCAUUGUUAAGCUACUUUCCAAGGAGAACGCAAAGUUUCAGUAAGGAAUGAAUCGUUGAGAAAAAGUUGCGAAUUGCACAAGCUCUGGGUACCUAAUGAAAGUGACUUUGAAACGACUGUAGGAAACUUGAUAAUUUUAGGCAUGUAAAUUGAACUCUUCGAAUUCAUAUCCAUCCCGGCAGGAAAAGAGACCAUUUUAACGCACACUUACUUAAUAGAGAAAAAAAGCAUCAAUUCCUUCAUUUAUAUCAAUAUUUUGUAUGAUUCUCAUAUUCUCCAACAACUUCUGAAGUGCUCAGAAAAUGGAAUUAAAAUGGUUUCUCGUUCCCUGCAUUAAAAAGUUCUUUUCUUAGUUUCAAAAUUCACAAAUUUCUCAGUUUCUUUAAGCACAACUGUCAAGUAGGUAAUUAUAAAUAAUUAUGUUACGAGGAAAGUGUUUUAAAUACAUUUUAGAAACAUUACUAACUCAUCAAGUUGGAGCAAAAGGGUCCAGGAAAAUUCAGGAUAAUUAAGUGUCCAAAUUAUAAUUUAUUCAAAUUUUUUGUUUUCUCACAUAAAGCUUCUACCACAGAA